CGUCCACACGUAUCGCGUGGUGAGGAUCAUCCAUAUUGGUGCUAGUGCUGGAGAUAAGGCUUAAUCCGGAGGCCCUCGGACACGUUUCUCCUCGUUUCGGUGCGUGUGGCUGCGGCCGGCCCUGGUGCGCUGUGGACUGAAGCUUUGGUCUGAACAGCGGCGGGGCAGCGUACAAACCUCCAAUUUUUCCCCCCGAAAGAGAACACUGCCGAUCGGCCAGGACUGGUAAUCCUACCGGAGGAGACAGGCACGGCGGAGGUGGGAAAUGGCCACUCAGGUGGAGACACUCCUGCCCGGCAACCCGCUGUCCAAACCCGAGGACCACAGCGCCAUGAUCCGCGGUGAGCUGGGGCAGGGGGACCGGGGCGGGCGAGGGGACGAGGCCGAGCGAGGCAGCAGUUGCGCCGGGCAGGGAGGCACCCACGACUCGGAGCAGCACCCAGCCUCCGGUAAAGAGCCAAAAGGCGACUCUGACAACGACAACAAGCCGAACGAGGAGGGCGUCAAAGGCAAAAAGGAGUUUACCGAAGCCCCUCCGCCCAAGGUGAACCCGUGGACUAAGAAAAUGAACGCGGUCACGGUGGUCAGCGUCAACGGACAGGCGCCCAACGAAUCAACUGGUCCGGCCAAAGUGGUGCGAGCCGGAAAUCCACCGAAAACCAGACGCGGAGGAAAGGUUGGAGAUUUUGGUGACACGAACAGCUGGCCAACUCCUGGAGAAAUCGCAACAAAAGACACUCAGAUGGAGGCAGUGUCCAGCCUGUCCUCUGUCAGGCAGGUCAGAGACUCGUGGAGAGCAGCUCCUCCAAAGCGAUCGUCGCAGAAGAAGGAGCUGAAGGAGAAACGGGAGAGCAUCGAGGAGAGCAAAGAAAACCUCAAAUCCAAAUCUGAUGACUCUGGAGAAGACAAGAAUCCUGACGAGGACGGCCAGAGGAAUGGGUCCAAGAAGAAAGGUAACAAGCAGAAGUGGGUUCCUCUGAUGAUCGAGGUGAAGCCGGAGGGUCCCAGAGAGCGAUCGGCGUCGCGGAACAACAGUCGCCCCAAUGAGAGCCCGAGAGUGCCCCCUACUGCUCGCAACGACCUGCGAGACUGGCACUCUCAGAAGUACGAGCGUGAGUGGAGGGACGACCACGAUGAAGUGUCCAGUGUGAAGAGUGAGGGGGCGCCCUUCAGAGGCGGCUUCAGGGGGCGGGGCCGGGGACGUGGCAGGGGGCGGGGCCGAGGCAGGGGUGCGGGCAGAGGCCAUUAUGAGUACCGUUUCGGAUACAAAUCCUACGACGUGAAAGAUGCCGCAUACGGACAGAAGUUUGGAAACUCUGUGACUUAUUACUACGACAACAUGAGCAGCAACGACCUGUACUCAGUGGACCAGGACCUGCUCAAGGACUACAUCAAGAGGCAGAUCGAGUACUACUUCAGUCUGGAUAACCUGGAGAGGGACUUCUUUCUGCGGCGGAAGAUGGACCAGGAGGGUUUUCUGCCCAUCGGCCUCAUCGCGAGCUUCCACCGAGUGCAGGCACUGACCACUGACGUCAGCCUCAUUCUGGAGGCGUUGAAGGACAGUCAGGAGGUGGAGAUCAUCGACAUGAAGAUUCGGAGGAAAGAGGAGCCGGAGAAGUGGCCUUUACCGGGCCUGAACCUGCCCAACCACGCCCACACCACCGACUUCUCUCAACUCAUCAACUGCCCCGAGUUCAUCCCCCGCACCGCACCUGACGACCAGACAGGUUCCCCACGAGCUUCAACGCCAGUGCAGCAGACCAAACCGGACCAGGACCUUUCCAACCUGAAGACCAUGCCCAAGGGACUGUCGGCCAGUCUCCCAGAUCUGGACUCCGAAUCCUGGAUCGAGGUCAAAAAGAGACCCCGGCCCUCUCCAGCAAGGCCCAAGACCCAUUCGUUUCAGCAGAAGGACAAAGAGGAGAUGCGCUCUCCAGUGCCCCCUACUGGAUCCUCCCCCUUGCCCACUGCACCCUCCACCAAGGACGGAGGGGAGCAGGACGAGCCAGAGGAGUUGGACUUCAUGUUUGACGAGGAGAUGGCUCAGAUGGACGGACGCCGAAACACCUUCACCGACUGGUCAGACGAAGAAACCGAUGGAGAGAUAGACGACCAGGACUUAAACAAGAUCCUGAUUGUCACGCAGACUCCGCCCUAUCUACGCAAGCACCCGGGCGGAGAUCGAACUGGCAACCACACCUCACGCGCCAAACUGACCAGUGAACUCGCCAAAGUCAUUAAUGACGGACUGUUCUACUAUGAGCAGGAUCUAUGGGAGGACACCUAUGAGCCCGAGUACGCAACCAUCAAGCAAGAGGUGGAGAACUUCAAGAAGGUGCACUUGAUCAGCCGAGAGCAGUUCGACUGUUUGACCCCUGAACCUCCCGUCGACCCCAACCAGGAAGUGCCCCCUGGACCCCCCAAACCUCAGCAGAUUCCCACAGACGCUCUGGCGAACAAGCUCUUCGGUGCUCCUGACCCCUCCUCGAUCGCACGCUCUCUCCCCACCACCGUCCCCGAGUCGCCCGGUUACCGUAGCAACAGGACACCGCGCACGCCCCGCACGCCGCACAGGAAAGACCCCACCAUGACGCCGCGUUUCUACCCCGUCGUCAAGGAGAGCCGGCCCGUAGACGCCAAGACACCGAGGAAGAGGAAGACCCGGCAUAGCUCUAACCCGCCUCUGGAGUGCCACGUGGGUUGGGUCAUGGACUCCCGGGAGCACCGCUCCAGGACUGCCUCCGUAAGCUCCAACGCUAGCCCCUCCGAGGCCACCCCCGUCCUGGGCACCAUCGGAGCCACCCCUCAGUCCCUGCCUAAGUUCCAGCAUCCCUCCCACGAACUGCUCAAGGAGAACGGAUUCACCCAACACGUCUACCACAAGUACCGCCGACGCUGCCUCAACGAGCGGAAGAGGCUGGGGAUCGGCCAAUCGCAGGAGAUGAACACGCUCUUUCGUUUCUGGUCGUUUUUCUUGAGAGAUCACUUCAACAGAAAGAUGUACGAGGAGUUUAGACAACUGGUGGUGGAGGACGGCAAAGAGGGAUACAGAUAUGGACUUGAAUGCCUCUUCAGGUACUACAGCUACGGUCUGGAGAAGAAGUUCAGACCGGACAUUUUCAAGGACUUCCAGGAGGAGACCAUGAAAGAUUAUGAAGCUGGUCAGCUGUACGGGCUGGAAAAGUUCUGGGCCUUCCUGAAAUACUCAAAACAAGCCAAAACUCUGGAGAUCGACGCCAAGCUGCAGGAAUAUCUGAGCAAGUUCAAACGUCUGGAGGACUUCAGGAUCGACCCCCCGAUGGAGGACGGCGGACGCAGACGGCACUCCUCAAGCGGGGAUGGCCGCCGCAGACACCCCUCUCAGAACUCCAGCAGCAGACCCCAGAGCCAGGCCAGUUCUACCCCCAACAUGGCUCCUGUCUCAGGGUCGAGCCAUGGAGCGUCUGCCCCCUCCUCUUCCACCAACCCCACCUCCUCCACCACAGCCAAGGACGACGCAAAGCCCGCCCCCUCCUCUGCUGACCCCAUCCCCUCCUCUGCUGACCACACCCCCAAGUAGCUCCCAUGAGUAAAACUGAGUCAAAAAUAUCUUUAAAAUAUCUGCAAGUCGCUGUUUCACCACACGGAGCAGAGAGGAGUUACUCAACCCCACGAAAACUGGAUUCAUCGCAGUGGUGCAAAUUUUUUUUUUUUUGUCUUGAUGAGGCAAAUUUUGGUGUAUAUUUUUUUUGUUUUGUUUUUUGUUUUAACCAAUCACGUAUAACGUAUUCUUUUUCUUUUAAAUAUUUAAUUUUCGUUCCACUUCUGACCCCUCCAGUGUCUCAUCGAUGUCCAAAUAAAGUUAUUUUUGAUUUGGAGAAACUUUUGGGGAUUUGACCUUAAACUGGGUAAUGAACUACACCCCUCGCUCGCGCCCUCAAGUGGCCAUGAUGCUCCUGUACAUCCAACUCGGACCAAAGUGGGUUGAAACAGAUUAGCGACUGAUGCAAUGUCAUCCACAGAUGUAUUACCCCGAAAAACGGCUAAAAUACUUAAAAAGCUGGAUAUUUUUUGGGGAAAAACACAACUAUGAACCAAAUGAGUGGCGUAAAGACCUCACUACGGACACUAUUGUUGAAAGUUGCCUUAUUUUAAUGGUUUUACCGCUUCAAAACGUGCCGCUACCUUUUUGGUUUGAUCGUAAAGCAUCGAAUAUCAACUAAAUCCUCCACAAGUCUGCCAAUUCCUCUCACAAAUUUGUCCCUCUUUUGUUGCCGUUGAACUGUCUUCCAAAACAGCCUGUUACAUGUUACGACCCCUCACUGGAAAAAUGAAUCCAAGAAAAUCGAAUGGAAAAGUUGGGAUGAGCUUCCGACAAGUGCUUCCUGGCUUUUGGGAUCUUAAAAAAAAAAAAUCCAAACUUCAUACCACGCAAGCUGCAACCCUCAGAAAUCCAUCGUUUUGUCCAUUUUUCAUGACUGGAAAUAAGAAUCUGGAGUAACUUGAACCAUGAUUGCGCAGUUUACGAUGUUUUUCCUCUAAUGUGAAUUUGACAGAAGAGACCCAACCCUUUCCCCAAUGAUAGCAACUUGUUUUAUUAAGAUCAGAUUAUAUACAAUUGCCUUAGACACAUGUACUACUUUAAUUUUUUAAAGGAAAAAUGCUCAUGAUUCUAUUUUAAUGCUUUUUAAUUUACAAAUAUUUGCAGUGUUUCUUCUUGCAUUGUUCUGUUAAAUGUUUUGGCCAUGGGUUUGCGUCAGGCUGUUGAACUUUGUGUUAGCAAAAGGGAACGUUGAAGUCAGUUGCUAAAAAAAAAUAUUAGUUGCCAAGAAUUUGAAAAGGCAGAAGUUGGUUACAUUGUCGUUGUGUUGUUCAACUCGCCAAUAGUAAUCUCUGACCUGUCAUCACAAAAAAACACAAAAAAAAACAUCAAAAGGCUCAAAAAUUACAAUUAAAUGUGAAAAAUGCACUGUGUAAUUUUUCCAGUGGUGGGUAAGCCAUCUGCUUGUCUCCAUGGAAACGGGCUGCUUUGUCAGGAUUGUUUCUCAGUAUGACAUUAAACUUAUCUAUUUAGUAUUUAUUUCAGUACAGAUGUUUUUAUCACUCAAAAAUACAUGCAUUCUUACUGCGAGUGGGCUUGCCGCUCCACAGAUCUUGUUGCUGGUCGCUUGUUGCAUGCUUGAAGCUGGUGACGUUAAACCAAUGUGGACUUUAGGCUAAUUUAUCCUCCACCUUUGGAUUAUUUCUAUAGUGGAAAUGAUGUAGUCCACUUUUAGAUCUAGUUUAGUCCUAGAUUAGACCUGGAAUAGUCCUGAUAUAGACCUGGUUUAGAUCUGGUGCAACUCGGAAAGCCAUAUCUUUUCUUUGGUGGUACUUGGUGUGUAAAGUUUGAGACCCACUGUUCAAGGCACAGCAAUAACAUCACCACGGAGACAAGUAGAUGACUUAUCUUCCACCAGAAAAAUCCCGCAGUGCACCUUUAAGGCCAGAAUUGUAAUGCUAAAACGUACCUGUUUCUUUGGUCGAUUUCAGGGUCCACCUUUGUUGUGUCAGUGUUGCUUUUUUCUUCCUCCAAAUUGAAAUUAUUAAUGACGAAUUUUCUGUUUGCCCCCAAAAAGUUUAUCCUAUUUUCUGGGAGAUUUGUUAAAAUUCAUAAAUUUAACAUUUUAGAGCCAUCGAAUAAAAUCAAGUGAAUCACAGGUGAUGGCAAAAAUGGACCGAAUGUUUGAGAUUUGGAAGCUUUUUCACACAACGGGUAAAUUUGUGAAUUCUAAUCGAGAAUGUGUUUUACAAAAUAUCUUUAAAAUGACCUUUAAAUCUUAGACAAAGCUUAAAAACUAGGCAAAUUAAAAUUUCAAAAUUGGGUUAAGUUAUGUUAUAGUUUAUCAUGGAUGAAUCUAAACUGUACUCUAAAUAUACAUUGGUUUAAAGGGCCAAUAUUGCACUAUUUUCUGUUGUUUCCUCAGCACAAACAUACCUGGAGUUGUUUUGUUUCAUUCACACGUUUAACACACAAACCCUGUAUAUUUAGGCUGAGUUCUUCUCUCAAACAAAAAAACACUGUUCCACCUUGUGAUGUCAUAUGUUUGCAGGAAGUGCGCUGUGUUUUUUAACUCUGCACACCUCCACUAGAAUCAUUUGGCAAAACCAGAGCUGAAAUGAUCCAAUCUGCUGAGCUAAAGGUAAAACUUCUACUACAUGACAUCAGAAGGUGGAACAGAGGAUUUUGAGCUUUAGAGGUGUAAAUAAUGUAAUGAAUCAGGAUUAAUCAAACAUGUGUGAAUUAAACAAAACACAACUUCAAGGAUUUUUUGUUUUGACGUAACAACAUGGCUUGAAGCUCACAGGAAUCCAUUUUGUGUAAUAUAGGACCUUUAAAUUGAGAUGUUAGCAGCUAGCUCGUUUAGCAAAAGUUGUUUUUUUUUUCUUAUCAAAGUUGAAUGCCUUUUUGCCAGUUAAUAAAAAGUUAAUGUUUGAAUCUUGUACUUUUCGAUAAAUCGCAAAAACUCAAAAUAUAAUCUUGGAAAUGUAUUACCCUCCUGUGUGAUCAAAGCCCCAAAACUGCUCUCAAUGGAAACCGUAGGGGGCGCCGCAGCCUAUACAAUUUCAAAUGGUGCUUGAUGUUGGAAAAAGAUGUCUUGAGACUGAAAUUUAAAGAAUGAAUUCACGAAGCCAUAAAAUUAUCUGCAAAGUGUCUGUAACCAUAGAAACAUGUGAAUAAAUGCUGGGCUCGUCGGGAGGAAAACCGCGGUGUUAAAAGGAACAAAAAAAUCUCUAAAAGUGAAAAAUGUAAAAUACUUGAAUGAGACGUGUAUCAUAACAUUUACGAUUCAUAAUCUCUGCUUUGUAGGCUGAUGUGAUUCGCUAUUAGUGUUCUUUGUAAUUUGUAGUAAUUGUGCUUUUUCCUUAAUAAAGAAAAAAACCACAAAAUGGACAAAAAAACCUUAAA